AUGACGGAAGACAAAGAACUCGGCGAGCCCGCGGCCGUAGAGAACGUCACUGAGCUUCACGAGUUCAAGAAUCUCGAAGGCUAUGUCAUUGAUGCCAGCGAUCCUGAACAUGCCAACCUCAAACGAGCACGAGAUGGCCACACGAUCCUGCUACCUCAGCCCUCAUCUGACCCGAAUGACCCUCUCAAUUGGAGCCAGUUCAAGAAACAUCUCAUUCUUAUCAUCAUCUCCAUGUCGGCAUUUCUCCCCGAUUAUGGAAGCGCAACCGGAGCCGUCACAUUGAUUCCUCAAGCUGAGAUCUGGAACAUGACUCCCGAUCACGUCAAUCAUUCGCAAGUCGGCAACGUCUUCAUGCUCGGCGCUGGCGGUGUCGUCGUGGUCGCUCUCUCUGCCUAUUUUGGCCGUCUUCCUGUGCUUUUCUACUUCCUGGUCCUUGCGGCCGCGACCGCUAUCUGGUGCGCUGCAGCUCAGACCUUUGAAUCGUUCAUGGCCGCUCGGAUCCUGAAUGGUUUCUUCAGCACCGUUUCCCAAGGAGGAGGCCUGAUGUUCAUCUACGACAUGUUCUUCUUCCACGAGAGAGCGAGGAAGAUCAAUAUAUGGGCGGCAUUCAUUAUUUUGUCACCGUACUUCGGCCCACUAUUCGCUGCGUUUAUCAUCAGUACACAACCCUGGCAAGUUCCUUUCUGGGUCUAUGUUGCAGAGACAUCUCUCUGCCUCGUCCUCACCAUCCUCUUCGUCGAAGAAACCUACUACGACCGUCGCAUCCCACAAUCCGACCAACCAUCUCGAGGCAGCCACUUUUCGCGCCUCGUCGGUAUCGCUCAAUAUAAAUCGCGACACCUGCGCAACACACUUCCCCAAGCCCUCAUGCGCCCCAUUAAAGUCGUGCUCAAACCUACCGUCUUCAUCUCCUGCUUCUACUACCUCCUGACUUUCGCCUGGGUUGUCGGCAUCAACACGACUCUCUCCAUCUUCCUGACCCCCCUGUACAACUUCGGCCCCAAACAAAUCGGCUACUUCUACUUCACGCCCAUCGUAGCCGCCCUCCUCGGCGAGAUCUGCGGGCACUGGCUCCACGACUUCCUCGCGACUUCCUACAUCACGCGACAUCACGGCCAUUUCGAACCCGAAGUCCGCCUGCGCGCCAUGUGGGUGUCCACGCCCUUUAUGCUCGCGGGCCUUGUCGGCCUUGGCUUCGCCCUUGAAGACGCAUACCAUUACAUGCUCACCUCCCUCUUCUGGGGCCUCUACGUGUUCGGCAUCAUGAUCACCACCGUCGGCCUCAACGCGUAUAACCUCGACAGCUACCCUGAGGCAUCAGGCGAGACCGCCGCCUGGAUCAACUUCUGCCGCACCACGGGCGGGUUCAUCAUCAGUUAUUUCCAGGUCACUUGGGCGCAAGCGCAGGGGACAAAAGUGAGUUUUGGGAUCCAGGCGGCGAUUUGCGCGUUUGCGUUCCUUUUAAUUGUAUUUUUGCAGAUAUUUGGCAAGAAAUUGAGGGUCAAGAGUGGUGGGUUGAAUUUUGCGACUUCGUAA